GUCCUACUUAGACAUGUAUAAGGUGAUAAUAUUUAGUUACCUCUUCUGGUUUGUGCUUACUAUAAUCUUCAUAACGGGAACCACGAGGAUCAGCAUAUUCUGCAUGGGCUACUUGGUAGCCUGCUUUUAUUUCCUUCUCUUUGGUGGAGAUCUGUUGCUGAAGCCCAUCAGGAGCAUUUUGCGUUACUGGGACUGGCUGAUUGCCUACAAUGUCUUUGUGAUCACCAUGAAGAACAUCCUCUCGAUAGGAGCAUGUGGCUACAUUGAAUCAUUAAUUCAGAAUAGUUGCUGGUUGAUUCAGGCAUUUAGCCUGGCUUGUACAGUUAAAGGCUACCGUAUUCCAACCAACAAUCUAGAUUGUAAGCUGCCUAGUGGAGAAGCAGGAAUCAUUUGGGACAGUAUAUGUUUUGCUUUCCUGCUGCUGCAAAGAAGAGUCUUCAUGAGUUACUACUUCCUGCAUGUGGUUGCAGAUAUAAAAGCUUCUCAGAUCCUAGCAUCAAGGGGUGCUGAGCUUUUCCAGGCUACAAUUGUCAAGGCUGUAAAGGCAAGAAUUGAAGAGGAAAAAAAAUCAAUGGAUCAACUGAAAAGACAAAUGGAUCGCAUCAAAGCCAGGCAGCAAAAAUACAAAAAGGGUAAAGAGAGGAUGCUAAGCAUGACCCAGGAGUCCUCAGAGGGGCCAGAGAUGCAGAAGGUUUCUGAAGAAGAUGAUGAAGGAGAAGCAGACAAAGAGAAAGCCAAGGGCAAAAAAAAGCUGUGGUGGCGGCCUUGGGUUGAUCAUGCUUCCAUGGUCAGAAGUGGAAAUUAUUAUUUGUUUGAGACGGAUAGUGAAGAGGAAGAGGAAGAGGAGAAAAAAGAAGAGGAGGAGCCUCGAAAAAAAUCUGCAUUUCAGAGAGCUAUUGGGAAAUUUGCUUCAGCCAUUAUAGCCUUGCCAAAGUCUGUCAUUAAACUACCCAAAACUAUCCUUCAGUAUUUAAUCAAAGCAGCAAAGUUCGUUUAUCAGGCCUGGAUUACUGACCCUAAAACAGCGCUACGACAAAGGCGCAAAGAGAAGAAAAGUUUUGGGAAGGAGGAGAAACGAAGGCGAAAAGGAUCUGGGGAUGAUGGUACUGAUGCAGACUGUGAAGACAGUGAAGAGGAACCUGUCAAGAAGAAAUCUGAUGGUCCAGAUAACAUCAUCAAGAGGAUAUUUAAUAUCUUGAAAUUCACUUGGGUCCUUUUCCUGGCAACACUAGACAGUUUUACAGCUUGGCUUAAUUCCAUCUCAAGAGAACACAUCGAUAUCUCCACUGUGCUAAGAAUUGAGCGCUGUAUGCUGACCAGGGAGAUUAAGAAGGGGAACGUUCCAACACGGGAGAGCAUCCAUAUGUAUUACCAGAACCACAUGAUGAAACUUUCUAAGGAGUCAGGACUGGACUCAAUUGAUAAAAAUCCUGGUCAAGCUUCUGGUUUGCAAGCAUCUGAAAGAAUGGAUAGUUUAGAUUCAGCAGCUUCUCGUGACAGUAUCUCCAGCUGCUACACUGAAGCAACCAUGCUGUUCUCAAGGCAGUCAACCCUUGAUGAUUUAGAUGGACCAGACACUGUUCCUAAAACAAGUGAGCGCGCUCGACCUAGGCUUCGUAAAAUGCAGAGCAUGGAUAUGUCCUCCUCAUCAGCUGACAGUGGCAGUAUAGUGUCAAGUGAACCUACACAGGUCACCAUGCUCUAUUCUCGUCAGGGGACAACAGAAACCAUUGAGGAGGUAGAAGGGGAGCAUGAAGAGGAAGGAGCUCAUUCUGCAUCAAGGACAGAGGAAGAGGAGGUGGAAGAUUAUAGCCUGGGUUCAGAAGGAGCUGCGUAUACUCCUGAUACCGAUGUGCCAUUGUACUCCACUGUGGAUAGCAAUGCAGAAGCUCCACCUUCCUAUAGCAAAGCUGUCAGCUUUGAACACCUUCCCUUUGGCUCCCCAGAUGACUCAACUGCUAAGGGCCUCAUGAUGGUGAGCCCAGACGACAGUCGGACAGACAAACUUAAUGAUACAAUUCUCCCUCCAUUGACGCACGAGCUCACAGCUAGUGAGCUACUUCUGAACAAGAUGUUUCAUGAUGACGAACUGGAGGAGUCAGAGAAGUUCUAUGUUGGCCAGCCUCGAGUCUUGCUUCUUAUUUAUGCCCUGUACAAUACGCUGGUGGCCCGGUCAGAAAUGGUGUGCUAUUUUGUGAUCAUCCUUAACCACAUGAUCUCUGCCUCCAUGAUAACCCUGGUGCUUCCCAUCCUUAUAUUCCUUUGGGCCAUGCUGUCUGUUCCUCGGCCAAGCAAACGUUUCUGGAUGACAGCCAUUGUCUACACUGAGGUGACCAUUGUCAUCAAGUACUUCUUCCAGUUUGGUUUCUUUCCUUGGAAUAAAUAUGUGGAUUACACAAAAGAUAAACCUUACCAUCCACCCAAUAUUAUUGGCAUUGAGAAGAAAGAAGGUUAUGUGCACUAUGAUCUUGUUCAGCUCCUUGCUUUGUUCUUCCACAGAUCCAUUUUAAAGUGCCAUGGAUUAUGGGAUGAAGACGAGAAAGGGGACAGCUCCAGUAAUAAAGAGGAUACUGAUGAUGAACUCUCUCUGACAGGAGGCAGGAGAGACUCUUCUGCCUCUUUGAAAUCUGUAAAUCUUGCGGCAUCAGUGGAGUCCAUCCAUGUCCACUUCCCUGAGCAGCAGACCGCCAUCAGGAGGAAGAGCUCUAGCAGUGCCUCACAGCUUUCGCACAGAUCCAGCUUCUCCUCACACAGAUCUAAGAGAGGAAGUACUAGUACACGAACCAGCAGUCAGAAAGGAAGCAGUGUGUUAAGCAUCAAGCAAAAAUCUAGAAAAGAGCUUCUUAUGGAAAAGUUUCGAGAACAAAUGAUCAAAGCCAAGGCCUUUACAAUUAAAAAGACCCUCCAGGUGUAUGUGCCCAUCAGACAGUUUUUCUACAAUCUUAUUCAUCCAGACUACAGUGCGGUGACUGAUGUGUAUGUGCUGAUGUUCCUCGCAGAUACAGUGGACUUCAUCAUCAUUGUGUUUGGAUUUUGGGCUUUUGGGAAACACUCUGCAGCAGCAGAUAUCACCUCUUCAUUAUCAGAGGACCAGGUCCCAGAGGCAUUUUUGGUGAUGGUGCUUAUUCAGUUUGGUACCAUGGUGGUAGACCGAGCACUGUACCUCAAAAAGACUGUCAUGGGAAAGGUCAUCUUCCAAGUCAUCCUUGUUUUUGGAAUACAUUUCUGGAUGUUCUUUAUCUUACCUGGGGUGACAGAAAGGAAAUUUAGCCAGAACACAGUUGCCCAGCUCUGGUAUUUUGUGAAAUGUGUUUAUUUUGGAUUAUCAGCAUAUCAGAUACGCUGCGGAUAUCCAACUCGUGUUCUUGGCAACUUCCUCACAAAAAGUUAUAACUAUGUCAACCUGUUCUUAUUUCAAGGGUUCCGCCUGGUUCCAUUUUUGACUGAGCUGAGAGCAGUAAUGGACUGGGUUUGGACUGAUACCACUCUCAGUCUUUCCAGCUGGAUCUGUGUUGAAGAUAUCUAUGCUCAUAUAUUCAUCCUGAAGUGUUGGCGAGAGUCAGAAAAAAGAUAUCCCCAACCAAGAGGCCAGAAGAAAAAGAAAGUUGUGAAGUAUGGAAUGGGUGGCAUGAUUAUCGUCUUGCUGAUUUGUAUUGUCUGGUUCCCACUGCUCUUCAUGUCUUUAAUCAAAUCUGUUGCAGGCAUCACCAACAAGCCUCUAGAUGUAUCAAUCACAAUAACUCUAGGAGGUUAUCAGCCUAUUUUUACAAUGAGUGCUCAGCAGAGUCAGCUCAAGGAUUUGAAUCAGACUGGUUUCAGUGCGUUUCUGGGAAGCUAUACCGGUAACACUGCUGCUUUGCAGUUUCUAGAGGGCUAUGGAAAAGAAGAUAUAACUCUAGCCGAUCUAGAGGGAAAUUCAAACUCUUUAUGGACCAUCAGCCCUCCCAGUAGAGAGAAAAUGAUACAAGGACUGCUGGAUUUUUCAGCUGAGUUCACUGUUGUUCUUUCCUGGAGCAUUCAAAGAAAUCUUUCCCUUGGUGCCAAAGCCGAAAUAGCAUCAGAUAAACUCACCUUUGUGCUACCAGUGAACACCAGAAAAGAGAUUGCUACAAUGAUGUCUGGACAGCAGCUGAAAAAGACUGUAUUUCUCAUUACAGUGUACCCCUACUACAUCAAGGCUCCUAGUGAUUCUCUGGCAAAACCCAUAAAGCAGCUAUUGACAGAUUGCAGAUGGGAAAACAUUACGGUUUCCCUGGUCAAAAAUGUGUCCGAGGAGGGAGUUCGUGAGUGGUGGGUUUUGAAUCAGCUUGGAAAAAGAUACAAAACAUCUGAAGAGAGUCUUGAACUCUUCAUAUUCAGUGAUAAAGUUAGUCCACCAAGCCUUGGAUUCUUGGCUGGUUAUGG